GAAUUGGCAUCUGAAACUCAAAUUCCGGAUAAGGAGUUGAAACGAUCACUGCUUUCAUUGGCAAUGGGAAAAACCACUCAGAGAAUUUUAUGUCGACGAGGACAUGGGAGGGAAAUUGAAAAUACGGAUGAAUUUUGGGUAAAUGAUGCGUUUACCUCAAAACUUACUCGAAUCAAAAUUCAAAUGGUAUCGGGACGAGCUGAAGCAGAACCUGAAAGAAAAGAAACACGCUCAAGAAUUGAUGAAGAUAGAAAACACGAAGUUGAAGCUGCUGUUGUGCGUGUAAUGAAAGCACGCAAGAAAUUACUGCACAAUGUCCUCGUCGCUGAGGUGACGCAGCAACUAAAGCAUCGUUUUAUGCCGAAUCCUCAACUGAUCAAGAAGAGAAUCGAAUCACUGAUUGAGCGUGACUAUUUGGCACGUGACAAGAAUGAUCAUCGUUGCUAUGAAUAUGUUGCCUGA